AUGAGUUUUUUUGAUAAACGAAGUCCUUAUGAAAAAGCAAAAGAACAAACUCGUUCAAUAAGUAGACAAAUUCGUCAAGAAAAACGACAACUUGAUCGACAAAUUAAUCAAUCUGAUCGUGAAAUUCAACGUCUUUCAGUUGAUAUUCGCAAACAUGCAGCAACUAAUAAUAAAGACGCUCUUCGUACAUUAGCAAAAACGAUUGUUAAAAUAAAACAUGAUAAAAGUCAUUUAUAUUCAGCAAAAGCAAAUCUCGAUACAAUUGAUAAUGCUGUUAAAAAUCAAUUAGCAAAUAUUAAAAUAACUGGUAUAAUGCAAAAAAGUAAUGAAGUUGCACGUUCAAUGGCACAAUUAAUGAAAGUUGGACAAUUUCAAGCAAUAUCAGCACAAUUUUCAAAAGAAUUAAUUAAAAUGGGUAUUAUGGGUGAAAUGAUGAAUGAAGCUGUUGAUGCAGCCACGGAUAAUAAUGAUCUUGAAGAAGAAACUGAUGAAGAAAUUGCUAAAGUUUUAGAUGAAGUUCUUUCUGGUAAAGUGGGUCAAUUACCAAGUGUUGCUGUUGGAGGAACGGCAAUGGGAGAAAAAGGAGCAGCAAGUGCAGCAGCAGUGAGUGAUGAUAGUGAAGAAGAUGAAAUGGAAAAACGUUUACAAGCAUUACGAAGCUAA